GUUUCCAGGAAGAAAGCGGUUACACUUUCCUGUAAUGGCGGACCAGACAGAGAGCGAAACUCUUGGGUUUAACGACAACAGAAUGGCGCAGCAGGCAGUGCGGUUCCGCAGUCCUGCGCCUGCCACUGCCCCUGCACCUACGCCAGCCCAGUCCCCAGUUUUACGAGGCCCUCCGCCACUGCUUAGGCCACCGCCGCCUCCAUUUGGCAUGAUGAGGGGCCCGCCGCCAAGACCCCCGUUUGCCCGACCUCCCUUUGACCCAAACAUGCCGCCUAUUCCACCACCCGGAGGCAUGCCACCACCCAUUGGACCUCCUCACCUCCAGAGGCCUCCUUUCCUUCCUCCUCCCAUUGGCAACUUGCCGCCUCCUCCAGGGAUGCUGUUUCCUCCUGGGAUGCCUCCUGUUCCUGCAUCUGGAAACCCAGCUCUCAAUCCUGCAGAGGAAAUCUGGGUAGAGAACAAAACUUCAGAGGGAAAGACAUAUUACUACAACGCUCGGACCAGAGAGUCGUCAUGGAGCAAACCAGAUGGUGUGAAGAUCAUCCAGCAGUCUGAACUCAACCCUCUUCUGGUAGCGGGGGCUACAGCUGCAGGUUCCGGUGCGAAUGUGGGUGCGACCGGGCCCGCUAGCACCAACAGCGGUAACACAGCUGCCAGCACGGCGGCGGCGGCCUCCCCCACUCAGGCCCCGACCUCUACCCCGACCCACACGCUCACCUCGAGUCCAGACCCCACCACCACCCCCUCGCCCUCUGUGACCAUCGCAGCCACUGUUGUAGCAGACCUCCCCCCUGUUGCCACUGUAACUUCCACUGUUGCUGUGUCGCCGGUCACCGUGGUGACCGUUUCCACGGUGCCAUCCCCUGUCACGGCGGUCCAGACUGUGCCACUGCUGCAAGCAGCCUUGCCUCACAGUGUGGCCCAGCCCACUGCAGCCAUACCUGCCUUCCCACCCGUCAUGGUGCCACCUUUCCGGGUGCCUUUGCCAGGCAUGCACAUCCCUCUACCAGGCAUGCUCCCUGGUAUGGGCCCGCCUUUAGUUUCCAUGAUGCACCCGCAGCUUACGCUUUCGCCGGCUCCGGCGUCCAUAGCCGGAUCGUUGCAGCUUCCUGAGUGGACGGAGUACAGGACAGCCGAUGGGAAAACGUACUACUACAACAACCGCACGCUAGAGUCCACCUGGGAAAAACCACAUGCCCUCUUAGAGAAAGAAAAAGAAGCAGAGAAGGCCAAAGAACGUCUGACCCAGGAGGAAGCUGAGGCAAUGGAGAUGGAGGAUGAAGAUAUAAAGAUGGAAAACACUAAUAAUGUGAAGGAGGAACCUAAAGAAGAAGAGAUGACUGAGGAAGAAAAGGCAGCUCAGAAAGCCCGGCCUGUCGCCACCAACCCCAUUCCUGGCACACCUUGGUGUGUGGUAUGGACAGGUGACGACCGUGUUUUCUUCUACAACCCGACCACACGGCUGUCGAUGUGGGACCGGCCCGAAGAGCUGGUCGGCCGAUCUGACGUGGACAAACACAUCCAGGAGCCGCCACACAAGAGAGGCUUGGAGGACAGCAAGAAGACGGGGAUCAGUAAGGAAGAACCAGAGACGUCGCUGGCCACUGAAGAUAGUCCAGAUGAGGAGCCGACCAAAUCCAAAAAGAGAAAGAAGGAAGAAACAAAGGAGGCAGACUCUGAGAAGGAAGCAGCCAUGGAGGCAGAGCUGCGAGCGGCCAGAGAGAGAGCGGUGGUGCCCCUAGAGGCCAGGAUGACUCAGUUCAGAGACAUGCUUCUGGAGAGAGGGGUGUCUGCGUUCUCGACCUGGGACAAGGAGCUCCAUAAGAUAGUGUUCGACCCACGCUACCUUCUGCUCAACCCAAAAGAAAGGAAACAGGUUUUUGAUCAGUAUGUGAAAACAAGAGCUGAAGAGGAAAGAAAGGAGAAGAAGAACAAGCUCAUGCAGGCCAAAGACGAUUUCAGGCGGAUGAUGGAGGAUUCCAAGCUCACACCCAAAACAACAUUUAGUGAAUUUGCCAUGAAGCAUGGAAGAGAUCCAAGAUUCAAGGCCAUCGACAAGAUGAAGGACAGGGAGGCGAUCUUCAUCGAAUUUAUGACCGCUAUGAAGAAGAGAGACAAAGAAGACUCCAAAACCAGAGGAGAGAAGGUUAGGCAAGACUUUUUUGACCUCCUUAGUGACCAACACGUGGAGGGAAAUCAGCGAUGGAGCAAAGUGAAAGAGCGGCUAGAGACAGACCCUCGGUACAAGGCUGUGGACAGCUCCGCUCUCAGGGAGGAGCUAUUCAAACAGUUCAUGGAGAAACAAGCAAAGAAUGUGGACAUUGAGAAGGAGCGAGAGCUGGAGCGGCAGGCUCGCAUCGAGGCCAGUCUCAGAGAGAGGGAGCGGGAGGUGCAGAAAGCCCGAUCGGAGCAGACCAAAGAGAUUGACCGAGAAAGGGAGCAGCACAAACGGGAGGAGGCCAUCCAGAACUUCAAAGCCCUCAUGUCUGACAUGGUCCGUUCUUCGGACGCAACGUGGUCGGACACGCGCCGUAACCUGCGGAAGGACCACCGCUGGGAGUCGGCUUCCCUGCUGGAAAGGGAGGAGAAGGAGAAGCUGUUCAACGAACACGUAGAGGCGCUGGCCAAGAAGAAGAAGGAACAAUUCAGGCAGCUGCUUGACGAGACCAGCAUGAUCACACUGACAACUACGUGGAAGGAAGUCAAGAAGGUCAUCAAAGAUGACCCCCGCUGUAUUAAAUUCUCCUCCAGUGACAGAAAGAGACAGCGAGAGUUUGAAGACUACAUCAAAGACAAAUACAUCACGGCCAAAGCUGACUUCAGAACCCUGCUGAAGGAAACAAAGUUCAUCACGUACAGGUCCAGAAAGCUGAUCCAGGAGUCGGACCAGCAUCUGAAAGACGUGGAGAAGAUCCUUCAAAACGACAAGCGAUACCUCGUGUUGGAGUGCGUCCCAGAGGAGCGCAGAAAGCUGAUCAUGUUCUACAUUGAGGAUUUGGACCGACGCGGCCCGCCUCCUCCCCCCACCGCCUCUGAACCGACGCGACGCUCCACCAAGUGAACGGCUGGAUCCCCACCAUGACCAGUGACCUACUCCUCCCCGCCCUUCCCUUUGGCCAGAGCAUGACCUCCCCCCAGCACCUCCUGAACCCCAGCCUUCAGGCUGGCCUCGCAGUGUUAUUGCUGGGGGCUGACUUGCUUAGAGAUGAACGGUUAAGGUCUCUGUGUUAUGCCAUCUCUUCAUCCUGCAUUUAAAGUCACAGCAGGGAACAGAGGUUGACCUGAUCUCCAGUCGACUGUUGACCUCUUUACCUCUGAGGGAGAGGAGAAAGUGGUGAGGCUGUUGUCUGAGCAGCAACACAGAUGUAAGAUAUCUGAUGUAAAUGAAGAUGUGUGUGUGAGUAUGAGUGUGGCGCAGGCAUGUUUAAAUUGAGUAUAUGUUUGAGGCGUCCUUAAGCCUUACAGCUCCACUGUGCCAGUCACCGUUUCUGCGGCACAGUGUGAAUGUUAGUUUCAGCUCAGUGGUUUACUCCAAUGUCACAGCAGUUUCUCUGUUGAAUUAAAUAAAAGCAACAUCCACUGUUUUUCAACA